AUGGAGGCCCAGCCGUCGGCAGACUUCUCCAUGCUGCUGUUGCGAGAGCUGUUGGCGCCUCCCCAUUUGGAGCCGGAACCGCCCCCUGUGCCCCUCUCCAAGAGGGAGCCCAUGACCCCAGGAUACCGAUACAGGUCCACCUCGACUGUGCGCCCGACCUCAGUCACCGCCCUGCGCUUCCUCCAGGCUGGAAGAGCCUGCUGGGAACCGAUGGCUCUGGGGGCCCUGGCCAAGGAUGCCAAGAACAUGCCACCCCCCAUCAGCCAGCAGUGCACCCUGGAGCCACCCAAGAUCUCCACAGCCCCAUCGGCCCUGUCCCAAAGAAGGCCCAGGAAGCAGCCAAACCCCCUGCGGGGCACUGAGAAGGUAGACCCUGGCUUUGAGGGGGUGACCCUGACAUUUCAGAUAAAGCCGGAUUCCAGCCUUCAGAUCACACCGAGCUACAGCCUGGCCUGCAGCAACCGUAGUCAGGGCCUCCUUGCUGGCCCUGCCAGGGCACCUGAAGCUGACCGGGGAGGCGGCGAGUCUCCAGGACCCAGGCGCUGUGCUUCCUGUAGGACUCAGAGGACCCCACUCUGGAGAGAUGCUGAGGAUGGGACUCCGCUCUGCAAUGCCUGUGGUAUCAGGUAUAAGAAAUAUGGUACCCGAUGUUCUACCUGCUGGCUGGUGCCCAGGAAAAGCGUUCAGCCUAAGAGGCUCUGUGGCAGAUGUGGGGUGUCCCUGGGUUCCCAUCAGGGCCCAGGUCAGGAAGGGUAA